AUGGGUAGAGAAAAUAUUUUACAUUAUCAAUUGGAACACGACAAAGAGACAGAUUUACCAACUGAGAUUAAUGUUAAAAUUGCAAAGACUAGCAUCAAAAAUGAUAAUUUCCCUUUCUCUUUACUGAGAGAAAGUACCAUAAAAGAUUAUUUGGAAAACAACAGAUUUUUCGUUGAUUCAAUUAAUCAUGCCCAUUCUAGAGAAAUUUUCAAUAUGAAUGGAAAAGGUCAAAGUCCUCAUACUUUAUGGAUUGGAUGUUCAGAUUCAAGAUGUAGUGAAAGCUGUCUUUCAGUUUUACCUGGUGAAGUUUUCACUCACAGAAAUAUCGCCAAUAUUGUCAAUUCCAAUGACAUCUCAUCUCAAGGAAUUAUUCAAUUCGCUAUUGAUGUAUUAAAAAUCAAGAAAGUCAUAGUAUGUGGACAUUAUGAUUGUGGAGGUGUUUGGGCUUCUAUGUCAUCCAAGAAAAUCGGUGGUGUUUUAGACCAUUGGCUUAACCCAAUUAGACAAAUCAGAGCUAAUAAUAAAUCCUUAUUACAAGGAAUUGAUGAUCCAAAAGAAAGAGCCAAUAAAUUAGUAGAAUUAAACGUCAUUGAAUCCGUAUUAAACUUAAAAAGACAUCCAUCAGCUUCUGUUGCCUUGAAAAAUGGUGAUAUUGAAGUCUGGGGAAUGAUCUAUGAUGUUAGUACCGGGUACUUACAUGAAGUUGAAAUUCCAACUGAUGAUCAUGAAGAUAUGUUCCAUGUUCAUGAUGAAGGUGAAUUGGUUCAUUGA